GACCGUACGUAUAUGAACACCAAGAAGGCCAACUGGGACGGUUUUACGGAACACACAGACCGCAAAUUCAAUGCUCUUCCACCACCAACAUGCGCGGGCGCAACAUCCGCCGGAUCAUCAACGCAGCAGCCGCCCGCUUCAUACCAGCCGGUAGGAUUGCCAAAAUCCGCCCGGGAUUUCCAGCUGAAGCGGCGGGACUCGCAGACGAGCGUGAUCGAAUCCGCCAGUCUAAUCCUGGUGAUCCCCGUAUCAGGGAUCUCAACAAGGACAUUAACCAACUGGUUAACGAACCCAAGCGGAAAACGUGGAAUGAGCACCUUAAGACCUGCAAUCUCUCCAGCGGAGCUAGCAAAUUGUGGACAACAGUAAAAUCUCUCUCCCAUGUGGCGAAACGCAAGGACAACGUUGCUCUUACAUUCGGCGAUACCACCACGUCGGACCCACGGACGUGCGCGUGCUUUUUCAGCCGGCAGUUUAUUGCACACCCGGAGAGAGACAAAGCCCGCCGCAGUGUGCUACGUAAAGCGCACAAACUCCGCCCCGAGACACACCAACGUGCUUUACACCAGAAGAGACGCAGGCAGCUGUAAAGAACGCCAAAGCAUCCA